UGUGCGCGUUGCUUGACAUUAGAGUAUAACCGACCAAUCUACAAAAAAUUGGUUUGUUUUUGCUUCAACUUCCUCCCUCGUAUCUCAUGACCAUGACAGUCAUCUGAUAAUCGGAUGGAAUGGAUAAUGUACCAUGUUGCUAUUGUACCUAUGAAGUGCCUUUCCGGGGAGUUUCUUCAGAGCAUCCGGCGGGUCACUUGCUAACUGCUGUUAGAAAUUCUGGGGAGAAGCAAUUGCUUGGAAAACCUCUGGAUAAAAUUUUCCGUUUUGGGUGUUUUGAAGUUGCACACAACAAAUUAACAUUAUAUGGAAUUUUGGGUUUAUCAAAUUGGGAAGUAUUAUUUGUGCCAUGUAUUAAUCUUGGACAAAUAAGUAAGGAGAACAUUAAUGCCACUCGUCAAUUAUUAUCUCAAACACUUCAUCGUACAGAACCAUAUUUUUAUCAAUCAUGGAUUUCUAAUCGUCCUGGUUCUAUUGGUUUAGGUAAAAUUGAUUAUUUAAUUAUACAAGAUCGACAUGAUCAUUUAUAUAAAUUUGAUCCAAUUAAUAAUAUAUGGUUACAUUCAAUAAAUGGUAAUGGUAUUAAAUUAAAAAAAUUUAAAAAAUAUUGGUUAAAUACUACUGAUAAUACUACUAAUACUAAUACUCCUCCUCCUCCUCCUCCUACUACUACUACUACGACUACUCAUCAUCAUAAUAAACUACCUCAUACACCAACACGUUUAUUAAUAUUAACAACAGAUUUUGAAGUAUUUAGUUUUCAAUUAUGUUAUAAUCAAUUAAAAUUAUCAACAAUAUCUAUCAUAACAACAAAAGAAUUAAAUCAAUUACGUAAAAAUAUUAAAAAUAAUAUAAAUUUAUUUAUUAAUUUAUUAACUAAAAGAAUAUCAUAUAUACGUAAAUCAACUGGAUAUUUAUUAGCUAAUGAAUAUGCAAUUCAUAAUAAUAGUAAUAAUAAUUUGGAAACAUUAUUGAUUGGUCAACAAGAUACAACUAAUCAUAAUCUACAUAAAAGAUCUAAUGUUAAUAUCUAUGAAACUAAUUGGAAUGAUAAUAAACAUGAUUUUCCAGUCAAGUGUACUCCAGUUAAUUCACUGACAAGAUUAAAAACAACUUGGUAUCAUCGUUUAAAAGGAAAUUAUAUAAUAAUUGAUAAUACAGAUUUUGCUUAUUGUCGUACAUUACCAUUGGAAAUACCAACACUUGCAUUUAAAAUGUCUGUAAUUAUAUUUCGCGACUACUUUGAAGGACAUCGAUUUCCAAUUUUAUCAUUUUAUUAUUCAAAUUCAUUAGUUCAUAAUAAAAAUUCUUAUUUAUAUAAAUAUUAUCCACCUUAUUCCUUGGCUACUACUACUACUACUACUACUACUUCCCCGGUUUCAAUGUCAUUAGUACAUCGAUUCGGUGUAUGGAUAUUAAGAUCUGGUAAUUUAUUAACUGAUAUCAAUAUGAAUCAACUGAUUGAUUGUACUAAUCAUUUAUCAACAACAACAACAACAACAUCAAAUCACCAAAAGAAAUUAUAUUUAAAACAUAUUAAAUUAUCAUUUAGUGAUCAUUUAAAUGAAUUAUUCAAAGAUAAAAAUAUUGUCAAAUCAACUGAAUCAACUUUACAAGAAUAUUAUAUUCCAUUAUAUGAAGAUUAUUCUAAUGAUUGGUGUACUACUACUACUACUCAUGAUUGUACAUUCAUGACAACAUCAGAUCAUCCAACCAAUAAUGAUAAUGAGGAAAAGGCAAAAUCACUAGAACAGAACAAUUUUAUACCAUCUUCAUUUAUAACUGAAUUAUAUGAAUUGAAUCAACAUUAUGAUAAUUGGUUAAUACCUAAACAUAAUCAUAUUAAACAAUCUUGGUUACAAUUAAAAAAUCUUAUACAAUUACCACAAAUUCAUACACCAAAUGUAGAGAUUUUCAAUGAGUUUACAAAUACUACUACUUAUAAUAAUAAUAAUAAUAGCAUGAAUGAUACUACUGAUUAUGAUUCUUCAGUAGUUGGUGACCAUCAUUCAUUGAUUAAUAUCAAAUCAAAACAAAUGGAUCAUUCAGUUAUUGAUAAACGUUUAUCUACAAGAUCUGAUUGGCAUAAAUUCAGUUUUUCUAAUUUACUUAAAACGGAUGAUGAUGAUAAUAAUAAUAAUAAUAAUAGACAUAACAAUCUCAUUAAUAAUAAUCAUAAUCAUGCGAACAAUAAAAGUAAUAGUACUAAUAAUCUACGUAAUAGUAUAGGUCAAUCAUUUAGUAAAAGUUAUUCACAUUUUUAUUUAUUAAAUAAAAAGAAAUUAGAUCAUUUCGCAUUUCAAUGUAGUCCGCAUCGAUCUGAUUGGUAUGAUUAUUUAUUAUCAACAAAUUGGUUAAAUUUAUUAUUGUUUACAUUAAAACAAGCAACACAAUUAAGUCAAUUAAUUUAUCAAUAUUCAAUGAAACCAGUAAAUGGUUAUAAUGGAACAAUUAUUUUAUUAAGUGGACCAGAUAGUGGUCGAAAUUGGCAACCGAUUUUAAUGAGUCUUGUACAGAUAAUGUUAUCUGCGGAGAACAGAACAAUUCUUGGAUUUGAAGAUUUAAUUGAACAAGAAUGGAUUCGUUAUGGUUAUCCAUUUGUCCCCGAUCCAACUGAUUGGCAUGAUGAUUCAGUUAGUUGUGAUUAUGAUGAUGGUGCAUGUUUCGCAUUAUUCAUCGACUGUGUUCAUCAAUUAUUAGUCCAAUUUCCUACAGAAUUUGCAUUUACAGAGGAUUAUCUGGUCUUAUUAUUAGAUAGUGCAUUAAGUCGAGGUGGUGGAACUCCACCAUUCACUAUAGAAUUCUCAUGUUCAUGUGAAGCAACAAGGCAUGUUAAAACAAAAUCAAUGACACAAGAACAAAUUAUUGAAAAAUCAAAUUAUUUUUAUAAUAUAAGAGCAUGGCGUUCAUUUCAUAAUUGGAAUGAUAUUUUAACUGAUCAUGGAUAUCAAUUACUAUUUAAUUGGUUAUAUUUUUGGCAAUAUAAUUCAGAUCCUGUAAAUAAUAGAUCAGAUUAUACUAAACUUAUACAAACUAUAAACAAAUCUACACAAAUACUUAUACCAAUUUUAUCACCAUUAUAUUAUCCACAUUUUUGGAUUCAUGCAUGGUAUCGUUGGAAUCGUUCAAUUCGUUUAACUAAUGGUGGGGGGUAUGCAUUCAAUGCUGCUUAUUAUAGAAAUUUAUUAGGAUCAACUACUACUAAUAAUAAUAAUAAUAAUAAUAAUAAACAGAAUUCAUUUAUGAUACCACGUACAAAUACUACACCUUAUACUGGUUGGUUAACAGAUGAAUCAAUUAGAAAUGCAUUAAAUCAAAUUGGUUAUUCAAUAUCAUUUGAUUAUUUUUAUAAAAAUUUAUAUGAAAUAGCAAAUUUAUGGGAUAAUAAUGAAGAUUUUAACACAUCUUAAUAGAUAUGUUAUACAUACUUUCUUUUUUAUUUUUCCCUUCUUUAUUUAAAUCACAUCUAUCAUUUAUGUAUGAAUAAUCUCAUUCCUUUUAUUAUCAGUGUGUCUUUUUAUUUUGUUUUGUUUUUUUCUUUCUUUCUUUAUUUAUUCUCAAAUGAUCAAUAGAAAAACUGUUUACUUUUGUUUUCUUUUUUUGUUUAAAAGAAGAAGAAGGAGAAAAAAAUAACCGCUAAAUAAUCUCAUAAGUUUUGUUUUUCUUUUUUUUUUUUUAAAUUAUUUUAUUUGUGUACGUACUCAAGUUAAUGGAAGGAAUCCAAUAUUGAUCUGAAUUUAAAUACACUAAACCCCUCUUUUUUUUCUCUCUCUCUCCUUAAAUCUUUCUAAUUAUUUCAGUUUUUUUUUUGUACUUUUUAUAAAUUAAAAAAAAUUUUUUAU